AUGAGUGAGCAGCGAGUGGUGGUGGACCUGCCCUCCGGCGCCGGCCCCAGCAUGCCCCUCCAGAGGUCUAGGGCAUCCUUCAGGGGGACGAGGUCACCAUCCUCGCUGGAGAGCCCCCCGGCCUCCAGAGCUGUUGCGGGCAGCCUUGUCCGCGCCCCUGGGGUCUAUGUAGGGAUGGCGCCCAGUGGGUACAUGGGUGGUCUGGGCGCUCGUGUGACCCGCCGGGCCCUGGGCAUCAGCAGCAUCUUCCUGCAGGGCCUGCGCAGCUCAGGCCUGGCCACAGUGCCGGCUCCAGGCCCAGAUACUGACCACGCCGCCAGCGAGGACCUGGGCGGCUGCCUGCUGGGAUACAUGGCCAAGGUUCACGCCCUCGAGCAGGUCAGCCAGGAGCUGGAGACACAGCUGCGGGUGCUCCUGGACAGCAAGGCCAAGCGCUCCGAAGACUGGGGCGCCCUCCGGGCCUCCUGGGCCAGCAGCUGCCAGCAGGUGGGCGAGGCUGUCUUGGAAAAUGCUCAGCUCAUGCUGCAGACAGAGACCAUCCAGGCGGGAGCAGAUGACUUUAAAGAAAGAUAUGAAAAUGAGCAGCCAUUCCGAAAGGCAGUGGAAGAGGAAAUCAACUCUCUGUAUAAAGUCAUUGAUGAGGCUAACUUGGCAAAAACGGAUCUGGAGGGUCAAAUAGAAAGUCUGAAAGAAGAACUUGGCUUUCUGUCAAGGAACUAUGAGGAGGAUGUGAAGGUGUUGUACAAACAGCUGGGAGGAUCUGAGCUGGAAGAAAUGGAUGUUCUUGUCAGCACUGGUCUGGAUGACAUCCUUGAGAUGAUCAGAAUUCACUGGGAGAGAGACGUAGAAAAGAACCGGGCAGAGACUGGAGCCUUGCUGCAAGCCAAGCAAGACUCCGAGGUGGCCUGCGUGUCCCAGACCCAGGAAGAGAAGCUGGCUGCGGCCCUCAGAAUAGAGCUACACAACACUUCCUGCCAAGUCCAGAGCCUCCAGGCCGAGACGGAGUCCCUGCGGGCACUGAAACGGGGCCUGGAGAACACGCUGCAGGACGCCAAGCACUGGCACGACAUGGAGCUGCAGAACCUGGGCGCCGUGGUGGGCCGGCUGGAGGCGGAGCUCGGCGAGGUGCGGGCGGAGGCCGAGGAGCAGCAUCGCGAGCGCACGCACCUCCUGGCGCGCGGCACCCAGCUGCAGAAGGACGUGGAGUCCUACCUGAUGCUGCUGGACCAGGCGGAGAGCGGGUAG